UGCGCUACAAAGUAAAAUAUUUUUUUUUCUGAUCUUGAGAUUUUCUGAGUCUUAUGUUAAUGGAUUUUUCUUUUUUCCUCACAAUUUUUGCUACUGCUACAAUAAGCUUCUUCAUCAUUUUUAGAAAAUUCAGAAUCCAUCAAGAAAACAUAGACGUGGGUUCUUCUACAUCUUCUCCAUCUUCUUCAACAUCUCCUCCAACUCUUCCAUCUGCUUUGACUUCCAACUGGACUCACCAUGUCUUUCCGAGCUUCCGUGGGGAAGACGUUCGCAGAAACUUUCUAAGUCACAUUCAAAAAGAAUUUCAAAGAAAAGGAAUUACUCUUUUCAUUGAUAAUGCGAUCAAGAGAGGAGAAUCCAUUGGUCCUGAACUCACUAAAGCCAUUAGAGGAUCUAAGAUCGCUAUUGUCUUACUCUCGAAGAACUAUGCUUCUACAAAGUGGUGUCUUGACGAAUUGGUGGAGAUUAUGAAAUGCAAGAAAGAGUUUGGUUUAACAGUGUUUGCCAUUUUCUAUGACGUUGAUCCAUCUCAUGUUAUGAAGCUGACUGGAGAAUUUGGAGCUGUCUUUAAGAAAACUUGUAAGGGUCGAACAAAGGAGAACAUUAGCAGACGGAGACAAGCUUUUAAGGAAGUGGGUACAAUUGCUGGUUAUGAUUCAAACAACUGGGAAAGUGAAGCUGCCAUGAUUGAAGAAAUUGUCACUGAAAUUUCCAAAAGAUUGAUUAGUUACACACCAUCAAGUGAUCUUGAUGGUUUAGUUGGGAUGGGAGAUCAUAUACAAAAGAUGAAACAAUUGCUUUGCUUAGACUCAACAAAUGAAAGGAGGACGGUUGGUAUUUCAGGUCCUUCUGGAAUCGGUAAAAGCACCAUUGCUAGAGUUCUACAUAAUCAAAUCUCUGAUGAUUUUCAACUGAGUGUUUUUAUGAAAAUCAAACCAAGUUAUGCAAGACCAAUUUGUUCUGAUGAUCACGAUGUGAAGUUGCAGUUAGAGCAACAAUUUCUAUCUCAAUUAUUUAAACAAAAGGAUAUCAAGAUUCAUCAUUUAGGAACUGCACAAAACUUUGUGAUGGGGAAGAAAGUUCUUAUUAUUCUUGAUGGGGUGGAUCAAUUAGUACAAUUACGUGUCUUGCCAAAAGCGGUAUGCCUUGGUCCUGGAUCUCAGAUUAUCAUUACAACACAAGACCAAAAACUUUUGAAGGCAUUUCAGAUCAAACAUAUUUACAAUGUGGAUUUUCCACCAGAUGAUGAGGCUCUUCAAAUCUUCUGCAUGAAUGCUUUUGGACAGGAUUCCCCAUAUGGUGGUUUUGAGGAUCUUGCUACCAAAGUUACAUUACUGGCUAGUAAUCUCCCUUUGGGACUUAGGGUUAUGGGUUCUUAUUUUCGAGGAAUGUCUAAGGAAGAGUGGAGAGGGGAACUACCAAGGUUAAGGGUUCACCUUGAUGAAGAAAUUGGGAGCACUUUAAAGUUUAGUUACGAUGCCUUGAACGUAGAAGACAAAGAUUUAUUUCUUUAUAUAGCGUGCUUUUUCAACGAUGAAGGCAUUAAUUGUACCUUUGAGGAUACUCUUCGUCACAAAUUCUCGAACGUGCACCAAGGGCUUCAGGUCUUAGUUCAAAAAUCUCUCAUAUCCGAGGAGACAUUUUCACCAAUGCAUAAUCUACUAGUUCAAUUGGGUAGAGAAAUUGUUCGUAACCAAUCCAUUUAUGAGCCUGGGAAACGUCAAUUUUUGGUUGAUGCGAGGGAGAUUUCUGAAGUACUCACUCAUUAUACAGGUAGUAAAAGUGUUAUAGGCAUAAAUUUGAACCUUUCUUCGAUCGUGGACAAACUGAUUAUAAGUGGGAGCGCUUUUGAAGAAAUGCCUAAUCUUCAAUUUUUGAGAUUCUCUAAUGAUGGUUUUUAUAGUCUCAAAAGAUUGCACUUACUGCAAGGCCUAAACUAUCUACCUCCAAAACUAAGAAUUCUACACUGGCAUUAUUAUCCAAUGACAUGUUUGCCUUCUAAUUUUAAUCUGAAGUUUCUUGUCAAGAUAAUAUUGAAAGAAAGCAAGCUCGAGAAAAUGUGGGAAGGAUUUCAAGUAAGAAUUUACCACUCUUCUAUGAGUUUUGUUUUAUUUCAUUUUUAUUCAUUAUUUAUAUAUAUGCGAUUACUGUGUCGAAAUUGUUAGUCUCAAAAAUACGGAUAGAAGAGUGAUCCUUAGCCUUUAAAUUCUUUCACUACUAAAUUUAUUCUCUUAUGCUCUGUUCAGGGGCGGAUACAGACAAAUAUUUAGUAUGGGGCACUAAUAAGAUUAAUAAUUAAAUUA